GCGUUAUUUUCUCUCCUGACGUCACUUGAGACGGAACCGGUGAGAGAGAGAGACAGCGAGAGAACCGGAGAGAGGCAACCGGGCCGGAGUGGAAGCGAGGAAGCCGGGAAGCCGAACCAUGGUGAUGUGAACAGCCAGAACCUCAUCUCUUAUUGCCACAGCCUUACUUGAAGAAGGGGUAGAGAGUGUGUGUACAGUCAUGGGGAAGGACUACUACAAGACCCUGGGCAUCCCCAAGGGCUCCAACGAGGAGGAGAUCAAGAAGGCCUAUCGGCGCAUGGCCCUGCGCUUCCACCCUGAUAAGAAUACGGAAGCCAACGCGGAGGAGAAGUUCAAGGAGAUUGCAGAGGCCUACGAAGUGCUCAGCGACCCUAAGAAGAGGCUGGUCUAUGAUCAGCUGGGGGAGGAAGGUUUAAAGACAGGGGGCAGCAGCUCUUCAGGUGCUCCUGGUACGUCAACACACCACUACACUUUCCAUGGAGACCCCCACGCCACCUUUGCGUCCUUCUUCGGGGGCUCCAACCCCUUCGACAUGUUUUUCGGCGCAAACCGCAGCCACGGUCGUGGCAACGGCUUCUCCUUCCACAACGACCACAGUAACGACACCGAGCAGGACAUGGACAUGGAGGACGAUGAGUCCUUCACUCACUUCGGGAGGCACUUCGCUUUUCCUGGAGGGAUGAACAACGGCUUCCCAGCGGAAGGCCGCAGAAGGAGGGGUGGACCCUCAGAGCGCCAGGGGGCAGCUCGAAAGCACCAGGACCCCCCGGUGGUCCACGAGUUGAUGAUCUCGCUGGAAGAGAUCUUCCUCGGCUGCACAAAACGCAUGAAGAUCACCCGCCGUAGGCUGAAUCCAGAUGGAAGGAGCAUGAGGACCGAGGACAAGAUUCUCAAUAUUGUGAUCAAGAAGGGCUGGAAGGAGGGGACCAAGAUCACCUUCCCUAAGGAAGGAGACCAGACCCCUGAAAAUAUCCCUGCUGACAUUGCCUUUGUGCUUAAAGACAAGGGACAUGCCCACUUCAAGAGAGACGGUUCCAACAUUAUCUACAACUGCAAGAUUAGUCUCAAAGAGGCCUUGUGCGGCUGCACAGUUAGCAUCCCCACGCUGGAAAAGCACAUCAUCUCGCUGCCGUGUCACGACAUCAUCAAACCCGGAACGGUGAAGCGACUCAGAGGGGAAGGCCUUCCUUUCCCAAAGAACCCUUCACAGCGCGGGGACCUCAUUGUGGAGUUUUCAGUUCGUUUUCCCGACAGGAUCCCGCCUCAGUCCCGAGAGAUUAUCAGACUCCACCUGCCUCCAUCAUAAGAAGAUUCAGAGACAAAUAUGGUGACUGAAACAUCCUCUACAUCGUGAACAAGCCCCUCGUGAGUCAUGUUAGUGCAUUCGGCAUUUAACAAGUCCUCUGGUGUGAGGUUACACAGUCACUUCAUUAGGUACACUCGCACAAUGUAAUGAAAAUCCUGCCUUUACAAAGAGAAUAAUGCAUCAGUUAUUUCAUUUCAUUUUAUGAGAGCGUACUACAUUUUAUUCACAAGUUUUUUUAAUGUUUCUUGAAAAAGAUGUAUUGUCCAAAUGUCCUCAAAUAGUGGCCACCACUUAGUAAUAAUAGAGGCCACGCCUCAAUUAAUUGCCAACUGUGUGGCAAAAAACGCCUCACCUCAAAUAAAUGAGCCUUUUUGACCCUCAAGAAAAAAAAUAACAGGUGGGUCUACACACCUUACAUGAUACCACCAUGUCUCGUUGUCAAAUGAACAAUUAUUUAACCAUUUAUACAUGUAUUAAUGAACCAUUUGUACAAUACAAUUGAAUUAAUAAUAUCAAUUAAUUUUUGGGAAAUUAUAAAAAACACGUUGUAUCAUAUCAUCUAUAAUAUUUAUUUCAGUAGAUAUGUGUAUGUAUUUUAUUAUAUUUAGACUUUUUAUUAUUUAUUUAUUUGUAUUAUUAUUUUAUUUAAAUUAGUACCAUUGUAAAAAAACAAAAAAACAAUGCUCUUAUACAAAUCAAACAAAAGGCCCCCUAAACGCCUUACCUCUAAAAAUAAUGUCUGGUACUUUCUGCAGCUGAGUAAAUCGCACCAGUCCACUAUGAGAGGAAAUACAGUAUAGGAGAAAAUAUCAGAUUUGGAAUUGUUGACGUUUUUAUGGGCUGAACACAGGUGACUUUUAUUCGAUUUUUUGUUUUUUACCCCCAAAAUCUUGUUUUUGAAUGAUCGUGUCAGCCGUUUUUUCUGCUCCAACUGUGUGAGGUGUGUCUACUUCUGCACAAAAGUUUCCCAACAGCACCGUUUACUCCUACCUGGACUGUACCAGCAUCCUCAGCGUGUCCAGCACACAGACCACACCUUCUUUCAGUCUAGCGAAGCGUUGUACUUGAAGUCUGCAGGCUAUCUGUCUGUCACUAUCAGUUGCUGUGUGCUGCAGUGCCACAUCACUCUUAAGGUGAUGGAAUGCGCUUUCAAAUGACAAUCACUCUCAAACACAAGGAUAAGCUCUGAAUCUGCACAGAAAAUCGGUGCUUUCCGUUUAGGAGCCGUCAGGCUCCACACCGCCACACAGCCAGGCUAUGUAUGUGCCUUAACCCGGUGUCAUACCACGCACACACACACACACACACACACACACACACACACACACACACAGGUAACACUGUAACACACAAGGAGCCAUGUUAAAUGCACACCAGAUAAGCAUCAGUAAGCCAGCCAUCAUAUUGUACUGUAUUCCAAUAAAACCUUUCAGCAUCCUACUACCAAGGACAGGUUGGACUUCCCAGAGGAAUAUGAAGCAAGAUUUAAACAUGUAGUGAAACGAAGAGUCCAUACUUGUAGUUCCUCUGCGGAAAGCCAUCGUUCUUGUUAUUUUCCUCUGCUUUCUUUUGCGUCAUUUGAAGGCCAUGUCUUGGUGCUACUGUGAGCAGUGCCAUAAAUAGACUCUCUCUGUGUCUACUUUCUUUCCUUUUCCCAAAGUAUAUUUAUUCAUAUUUAAAAACUGCUUCUGCCAUAUGUAACAUGUGUACUUUGUUACUUGCACUUUUUUAAAAAGUUGAAGCCCUUGUAGGAUUUGGAACUGGGCGCCUGCUGUUCCAUGUCUCAGCUGGAGGGAGCGACGUUAAGCCUCCUUGGCCCUUUCUACUGUACUCUUGUAAACAACAGCAAUCAAAUGUGUGUGUGGUUUGGUCAUAUACACUCAUUGGCCAUAACAUGAGGCACACCUGCACAGUCUAAUGAGACCUGCCUAAAAGCAUUACAUUACAUUGUGCAGGCGUGCCUAAUGAAGUGCAUUACAUGUACAAUAAAUAGUAAUAAAUAGGGGUGUCACGAGUCACUGGGUUCAGAAGACGAGAAUGACAUUGAAAAAAUAAAAAAUAUAUAUACUGCAAUCUACUAAUGUGAUUUCUACUACGUCACACUCUGCUGCACUCUGUGUGUAUGCUACCGGCCCCGCCUCCACCUACUGAGAGAAAGAAACUGUAUGACUGACUAAAGGGCUCACUGUGUUCACAUGCGAAGUUGCUGAACACAAUGCACAGAGUGAAUCCGCUUCCUGCCUGUUUGGAGGCGGCAGACGAGGAAAACAGACGCGCGUGCACAUGGCAAUAUACCGAGGCAGGCAAAAUGGUCUAUUUCAGUUUUAAUUUAUUGUGUGAUUUAUUUAUUUAUUAUCCUGCCCACGAGACGUUUUUUUGGGAAGGACAAAUCUUGUCACAUUCUAAUCUCACGAGAGCUUGUGACACCCCUGGUAGUAAAUACAUGCAGGAUGGUGACACGACCGCAAAGUAGGCUUGGAUGACAUUUGUGAGUGUGUGUGAUCCUAAUGUGAAGUUGACUGGACUGCUGGACUCACCGCUUGUGUGCCAAUAUUCAAUGUUUUCAGAUGCCAACAAAUAAACCAAAUGUUUCAACCUGGUGGUUUCUGUACGAUCAUUUGUAGUAAUACGAUCAGAGUGCUCUUGGUACAUUUUUAUGAGUUGGCUAUCACAUCAACGAGAUACUGAAUAUUUAACUUUGUACACAAUAAAGAACACCGUAUUGACCCGAAUAUUUGACUAAGCAAGUCAGAAAAAGACCAACAGGUGGUGCGAAAUGGUUUCUCUCUAAGGCAGUCUGAGGUUUUCUUCCUGUCACUCACAUGUGACCUGAAAUAAUGCAACUAAGGAUG